AAAGAAAAUACUUUAGUAGAAGACGAUGGCCACUGCACAGUUGCAGCGGACUUCCAUGAGUGCAUUGGUAUUUCCCAAUAAGAUAUCAACUGAGCAGCAGUCUUUGGUGUUAGUGAAGAGGCUUCUAGCAGUUUCAGUAUCCUGCAUCACAUAUUUGAGAGGAAUAUUUCCAGAAUGUGCUUAUGGAACAAGAUAUCUAGAUGAUCUUUGUGUCAAAAUUCUGAGAGAAGAUAAAAAUUGUCCAGGAUCUACACAGUUAGUAAAAUGGAUGCUAGGAUGUUAUGAUGCUUUACAGAAAAAAUAUCUAAGGAUGGUUGUUCUAGCUGUAUACACCAAUCCAGAAGACCCUCAGACAAUUUCAGAAUGUUACCAAUUUAAAUUCAAGUACACCAAUGAUGGACCAAUCAUGGACUUCAUAAGUAAAAACGAAAGCAAUGAAUCUAGCAUGUCAUCUGCUGACACCAGGAAAGCGAGUAUUCUCCUCAUUCGCAAGAUUUAUAUUCUAAUGCAAAAUCUGGGACCUUUACCUAAUGAUGUUUGUUUGACUAUGAAACUUUUUUACUAUGAUGAAGUUACACCCCCAGAUUACCAGCCUCCUGGUUUUAAGGAUGGUGAUUGUGAAGGAGUAAUAUUUGAAGGAGAGCCUAUGUACUUAAAUGUGGGAGAAGUCCCAACACCUUUUCACACCUUCAAAGUAAAAGUGACCACUGAAAAAGAACGAAUGGAAAAUAUUGAUUCAUCUAUACUAUCACCAAAACAAUUUAAAACACCGCUUCAGAAAAUCCUGAUGGAUAAAAAUGAUCUAGAAGAUGAACAGGAGCGUUAUAUAAGUGAUGAUUUUGACAUUGAAACUAAAAUGGAAGAGCAGAAGAAAAACCCUGGAUCUUCUGAACUUGGAGAACCAAGUUUAGUUUGUGAGGAAGAUGAAAUGAUGAGGUCUAAAGAGAGUCUAGAUCUUUCAAUUUCUCAUUCUCAGGUUGAGCAGUUAGUCAGUAAAACAUCUGAACUUGAUGUGUCUGAAAGCAAAACAAGAAGUGGAAAAAUUUUUCAGAAUAAAAUGGCAAAUGGAAAUCAACCAGUAAAAUCUUCUAAAGAAAAUCGGAAGAGAGGUCACCCUGAAUCUGGGAAAACAGUCCUCCAUCACUUUGAUUCUUCUAGUCAAGAGUCAAUGCCAAAAAGGAGAAAGUUUAGUGAACCAAAAGAACAUAUAUAA